AUGGGUUCCUCUUUCGUGUUCGCGGCGCCGGCUGUAGUAGCCUGCAGCCUCCUGCUGCUCUGCAACUGUGGCGCGCCGUCGCCGUCGGCCGUGCAGGCCGAGGAGCUCCGCCGCGAGGUCCAUGGCUGGGCCGACGCCCGCGCCACGUGGUACGGCCCCCCCGGAGGCGCCGGCACCGACGGCGGUGCGUGCGGGUACCAGGGCGACGUGGAGCAGCCGCCGUUCUCCGCCAUGAUCACCGCCGGCGGGCCCUCCAUCUUCCAGAGCGGCCAGGGCUGCGGCGCUUGCUACCAGGUGAAAUGCACGGGAAACGCGGCUUGCUCCGGCCGGCCGGUGACCGUGGUGGUGACCGACGAGUGCCCCGACGGGACGUGCCUCUCCGAGCGCUUCCACUUCGACCUCGGCGGCAGGGCCUUCGGCGCCAUGGCCAAGCCCGGCCUCGCCGAGGCCCUCCGCCACGCCGGCAACAUCAAAGUCCAGUUCAACCGGGUGGCGUGCAACUGGAAGGGAGUGGACAUGGCAUUCAAGGUGGACGUCGGGUCGAACCCGUACUACCUGGCGGUGCUGGUGGAGGACGAGUCCGGCGACGGCGACCUGUCCGCCGUCGACCUCCGCCAGCACGGCGGUUCCGGCGGGGGGUGGGCCCCGAUGCAGCGCUCCUGGGGCGCCGUCUGGAAGUACAACGGGGGCCCGCUGCAGGGGCCCAUGUCGAUCCGGCUCACGUCCGGCUCCGGCAGGAAGCUCGUCGCCGCCGACGUCAUCCCCGCCGGCUGGCAGCCCGGCCGCACCUACCGCUCCGUCGUCAACUACUGAUGAAUAAAAACAAUCUGGCCCAUCGGUGUACAUCUGACGGGAGGAGACGCAUGCAGGAGUAGUAUUAGCAGCCAUGCCAUGCAUAUGCAUGCACGUCACUGGUGCUAAUUGCGUGCACGCGCGCGCUAAGUGAGCUAGCUCUAGCUGAUUAAUUAAUCAAAUUAAGCAAGAUAUUAGCAAACCUGUGUAAUUAAUCCAUGGACGGGUCGA